GUGGCGAUGGCGGCCUCUGUCCUCGCGCCGCGCCCCAGGCCCUCCCCCGGGAACGAGACCCUGCACCAGCACUACAACUACGUGGGCAAGCUGGAGGGCAGGCUGAAGGAGGCCCCCGAGGGCAGCACGCUGACCACCGUGCUGUUCCUGGUCAUUUGCAGCUUCAUCGUGCUGGAGAACCUCAUGGUUUUGAUCGCCAUCUGGAGAAACAAUAAGUUCCACAACCGCAUGUACUUCUUCAUCGGCAACCUGGCCCUCUGUGACCUGCUGGCCGGCAUCGCCUACAAGGUCAACAUCCUGAUGUCGGGCAAGCGGACGCUGAGCCUGUCCCCGACGGUCUGGUUCCUGCGGGAAGGAAGCAUGUUUGUGGCCCUCGGGGCGUCCACCUGCAGCUUGCUGGCCAUCGCCAUCGAGCGGCACCUGACGAUGAUCAAGAUGCGGCCGUACGACGCCAACAAGAAGCACCGCGUGUUUCUUCUGAUCGGGAUGUGCUGGCUCAUCGCGCUCUCGCUGGGCGCCUUGCCCAUCCUGGGCUGGAACUGUGUGCACGACCUCCCCGACUGUUCCACCAUCCUGCCCCUCUACUCCAAGAAGUACAUCGCGUUCUGUAUCAGCAUCUUCACGGCCAUCCUGGUGACCAUCGUCAUCCUGUACGCCCGCAUCUACUUCCUGGUGAAGUCCAGCAGCCGCAGGGUGGCCAGCCCCCACAACUCGGAGCGCUCCAUGGCCCUGCUGCGGACCGUGGUCAUCGUGGUGAGCGUGUUCAUCGCCUGCUGGUCCCCACUCUUCAUCCUCUUCCUCGUCGACGUGGCCUGCAGGGUGAAGGAGUGCGCCGUCCUGUUCAAGGCCCAGUGGUUCAUCAUGCUGGCCGUGCUCAACUCCGCCAUGAACCCCGUCAUCUACACGCUGGCCAGCAAGGAGAUGCGGCGGGCUUUCUUCCGGCUGGUCUGCACCUGCCUGGUCCGGGGCCGUGGCGCCCGCUCCUCGCCCACCCAGCCUGCCCUCGAUCCCAGCAGAAGCAAGUCCAGCGGCAGCAACAACAGCAGCCCCUCGCCGAAGAGCAAGGAAGACCCUCCCCAGAGAGUCGCCUCACCCUGCAUCACCGACGGAAACAAAACCCUGCAGAACGGGAUUCUCUGCAAGUGAGAGCGCCUGCCUCCAGGAGCGGGGGAGGGGAGCCCCGCUCUGUGGCCACGGCCGUAUCUGUUGCACGCCUCGCCCCUGGGAGUUCCAGAGAGGGGACUCGGGAAGUCCACUCGCCAGUGGCUUGCCCGGCGUGGACGUCGCGUGAGGAGGGGGACCCAAGGACCCGCCAGCGUGUGUCACGGCAGACCGUGCGCUCUGUCUGUCUUGGCUCGUCUUCUGAACGCACCACGCUGCGACAGUAUCUGCCGCCUUCCCCUGAGCCCCCCGGCUGCUCCCCGCGGGGCCUGGACAGGGAAGGUCGCGGGCCCCACAACGUGCAGGGUGUUUCUCAGAACGUCGUGACGAUGUUUGGUAACUUCACUCUACACUGUGAGCGGAGUGGAUGCCUGUGUGCUCGUCAUUUCUGUGUCACGGAGCACUUGUGUCUCUUAUGUCUGCCGUUGGUACGCGGCACUUGGGUAUGUCGGUGAGCGGCAGUGUGUGACACAGUUAAAUAUCCGUAAGUGCAAGUGUGUCCUGAUUGAACCACCAGGUGUAAGGAUGUGGCUGGACACUCGGUGGACACGGCAGUCCCGGGCUCCUCAGACCGACGUGAAGUCUUGUGUUCAGCAGGCUUUGAAUGCCUGACUUCCCAGAGAGGGCUGAUUCCAGGUGGGUCUCAGAUGUGUGGGUCUGAAGGAUCCUGGGAGAUCGGGCGAUCUGGUGAUCUCUGGGAGCCGUGUCCCUGUUCCUCUGGGGCUCCUGUGUCCCUGCACAUCCAAACCCACGUUAACCAAAUUCCCUGAUUGUUUGGGGUUCCUACGGAUCACAGAAGAGCCAGGGGCUUCCAGGAGCCCAUCCCCAGACCAACCGAGAAAGGGACCCACAAAGGAGCAGCAGAGGACAGACGCCCCCCCACCCCCCCCGGCCUGAAGCCGGAAGCAGUGGUCUGUUCGAUGCAAUGGAACGUUUGUACUGAAUUAGGAGAGGUUUACAGGGCUGUGUUGAGUCUCUUUCUCUCUGAUCAGAAAAGCUCGGAGGCGGCAGCCCCGUGUUGUCUCAGUGGCGUAGCUGGGGAGGUCGGCGGUCUCCACGCUCCCCAAAGCUGACCCUGACAGUGACAGCCAGGAGCGUGUCCGCGUGUGCUCUCCAGGGAAACGUGAGGAUACUGUAAUCUGCCUUUGCAGCCUGGGCUGACCCUGCGUCCCUGAUCGCCGGGUAAAGGGAUUACUUAGGAGGGGUUCCCGUGCGCGCCCUCCCCAAGGACCCCACCCGCAGGACAAACGUGUGUGCAUCUGUAGAGAUCUCAUAACCAUAGAGCUGAUGGCUUCUUGGUAAAAACAAAACGAGCAACCUUUAAAAGGACCCUUACUCGGGUAAGCCCACAUUGCAGCCCCUGGGGUUUCUCAAGUUGGCUGGGAAUUUCUGGCCGAGUCAAGACUCAGUCUCAACACGUUAACGAUUUGCAAGAGAAGCUGGUUCCCGUGUGUCAUCUGAUGCACAUUCCCCACACCGAGGAACGUUCCGGUGGGUCCUGGGUGGUUUCCAUGUACUGACCAAAGACUAUUCUCGUUUUUGUUGCCAAGGAGAGAAAUUGUACUUGUAAGGAGAUGUCUUCGGUGGCAUUUUUGGUGGCUUCUUUACAUCACUGAAAAGGGGCUUCUUUCUGAACUCAGAUAGCAUUUCUAGAAAAGUGAAGCAUUGAGGUACUGGGUUGAGAAAACAAAGCUGCAUUCCAGAGAGCUGGAGUGUUGGGCAUCGGUGCUCGCCGGGUGACGACGUGACUUCAGGACCCGGUGCCCUGGCUCUGAGGGGCGUUGUGGGGGGGGGGUCUCCUCUCUGGUGCUAAUGUUAGUGACACUCGCUCUACAGUCCCGUCGAGAGAACGCAGAACUUUCAAGCAGUCUGAAUGAAAAAUACGCCAAAAAAGGCACGGUGUUUGCUUGCUGUAUGCAGAACGUGAUCGAACAUCAAGACCGGUGUGCACGGCCCUCGGCAGCUUGCGGGGGCGCGUUUAGGAGUUGAGACUACAGAGCUUGCGCUAGAUCUCACUCGGUUAGUAACCUUCACGGUGUCCCAUGUGUUUGUUAAAAAAAAAAAACAAAAACAAAAAGCCUCCAUAUAAACUGGU